CAUCGCGCGCUUAGGACCUGCCUGCUCGUCAAUAUCACUCCCAGCAUACCCUCUAUACUCAAAUAACAGAAAGUCUGCACUUUCUCAACCUCCGCCCUAUUCGGCUCUGGAGCCCCGGCUCCGGAACCCCUACCUACCUUCUUAUAAACCGUCCAUGGGCAUACCCCAACCGAGCCUCGAGCAAAAACGAAACUGCCGCAAGUGAUCACUAGGGCCUUGGAGAUAUCGCCUCGUUACAGAAUUGUCGGCAAACGCGCAAUGGCCGUUCUUGACGAUGUCCCCGGUCUCAAGGCGGAGGUAAUUGUGGAUGGACGACCUCUCCGCGAGUACGACGAUGACGAGGAAACAUCGUCCAAAGCAGUUACGAAGUAUGUAGAGGCCCAGUCGGGUGCGGAGUUUGCUAUCAGGAGCGUUUUCAGUGCACCUUUCCCACUGCAAUAUGGCGUGGAGAUGAAAGUGAGCGUGGAUGGGGACAUAUAUCGCAGGACCUAUAAGUGUCCAGAUGAACUAUAUAGGGAAGGUGGCCACAACCAGAAAGGCAUCUCGUAUCAAGAGGAUGGGAAUUGGGUCCGGCGAUAUUAUCGCUUUACAGCACUGAGCAUCGUUGAGGAAGUCGAGGACGCCUCAGAAAUUUCUGGCCUCCAGAGAGACCUAACAACGAAAGGCAACAUCACAUUGAAGUAUCGAUACAUCACCAACAUGCAUCCCGCGGACCGCAUGCCUAGAACGGCUAAGCAUGGCUUAUCAGCGUUAGGCGCAAUCCCGGAGAAAGCAAUGAAAGGAGAUGCUCGAUCGCAUCAGGCAACAUUGAGUGAACCACGAGCAGCUGGGCGAGUGACACAGAAGUUCACGUAUGAUGUUGUAGACGACGAGCCGUUCGCGACUGUUCACUUCAAGUAUCGUUCUCUAGCUGCGCUUAAGGCACUACGCAUCAUUAACGAUGAAGGAGUGGAUGCUAUUCCACCGGAGGAGAGACCCGAGGACGAGCUGUCUCCAGCAGAGCUACGAGAAGCCUUGCGGCGUCGAGAAGCAGCGAGUGUCUCCAUCAAGCAGGAAGGCGAAGUCAAUAGACAGACCAAACGCGAACACGGGACCGAGCUUCAGGAUGACGAUGAAGUGACAGUCAUUGAGACGAGGAGUCGCAAACGUCCGCGUGUAGACCAGGAAGUGAUUGUGCUGGACUGAGGGCGUGCUAUUCUGCACCAAAUCUGGGUGCUACCCAGAAUAAGCAUGUUCGCACACGAGUAAUUGCAUUCUAUAUUAACGGAAGCGGCAUGUCCUACUUAAGCUGUUCAAAUGGGGGUGUAUACUAGUAGGCUUACAAGUUGCUUUGAUAAGUCGCGCCAGUGCAAGAUACUAUUACACAGG